GAGCGAGGGGUGAGUGCCAGUGCGGGGCACCAAAAAUAUACAUACAGCCCCGUGCCUCGUCCCGCCUCCCUCACUCCGUUUGACUCACUCCCGAUCAAGUCGGUUGGGCACUAACCGCCAAUUCCCAGAUAUCUGAUACCUUCGGCCUGGUUGACUUCUCCUCAAGAAUUUCCAGAGCGCAGUAACCAUGGAGGACGCAAAGGAGCAGUCGAAGAGCGAGCAGAAGAAGGCCGAGAAGCAAGCCAAGAUGGCGGCUGCAAAGGCUGAGAAGGCUGCAAAGCAGGCGACGCUCCCCGUUGUCGGCGGCAAGAAGACCGACGACAUUAUUGGCAUUACGGUUUCAAAAUCGGAAAACUUCUCGCAAUGGUACCAGGAAGUCGUUCUCAAAGCCGAAAUGAUCGAGUACUACACCGAAAUCUCGGGUUUCUUCAUCAUGCGCCCUGCGACGAUGCACAUUUGGAACACGAUACGCAAGUGGUUUCAGGAGAGGAUCGAGGCCAUGGGUGUUGAGGAGACCAGCUUCCCCAUGUUCCUGUCGCAGAAGUCUUUGGAGAAGGAGAAGGACCACGUCGAGGGUUUCGCUCCUGAACUGGCUUGGGUAACAAAGGCUGGUGAUAAGGAUCUUGAGGUUCCCGUCGCGGUGCGCCCAACCUCUGAAGCCGUCAUGUAUCCUUACUACUCCAAGUGGAUCAGAAGCCAUCGUGACCUCCCGUUCCGGCUGAACCAAUGGAACUCAGUCGUUCGCUGGGAAGCCAAGCAGACCACCCCCUUCCUCAGAGCGAGAGAAUUCCUCUGGCAAGAAGGGCAUACCGCCCACCUCACCGAACAGCAAGCCGGGGAGGAAGUGCUCCAAAUCCUCGAGCUGUAUGCCGGUAUUUACGAGCAACUCCUCGCCGUCCCUGUUGUACGAGGCAGGAAAACGGAGGCUGAGAAGUUUGCGGGCGGUUACUACACGACGACGGUAGAGGGUUACAUUCCUUCUAACGGGCGGGGCAUUCAGGGCGCAACAUCCCAUUGCCUCGGGCAGAACUUCUCCAAGAUGUUCGACAUCACCGUCGAGGACCCUAACGAGAAGGGCAAGCACAUCCACGUGUGGCAGAACUCGUGGGGCUUGUCCACUCGCGUCAUCGGCGUGAUGGUCAUGAUCCACGGCGACGACAAGGGUCUCGUGCUUCCGCCCCGGAUCGCAAAGAUCCAAUCAAUCCUCAUUCCCGUCGGCCUAACAGCAAAGAUGUCUGCCGAGGAGAAGGAGAAGCACCUCAAGCACCUCGACGAGCUAUUCUACACCCUCAAGAAGGCCGGCAUCCGCGUCGAAGUAGACCUUCGCGAAGGGUACACUCCUGCCUGGAAGUUCAACGACUGGGAGCUGAAGGGUGUCCCGCUACGGCUGGAAUUCGGCCCCAAGGAUGCGGCCAAGGACGUCGUCAGCUAUGCGCGCCGCGACACGGGCGAGAAGGGCACCAUCCCCAUCGCCGAGCUCACCGCCAAGGUCCCCGAGCUGCUCGAGACGAUCCAGCAGGACAUGUACAACAAGGCCGACGCCGCGUACCGGGCGCACCGCGUCAAGAUCACCAACUGGGACGAGGUUGUCCCCGCGCUUGACGCCAAGAACGUCGUCAUUAUCCCGCACUGCCUCGUCCCGGAGUGUGAGGACAAGGUCAAGGAGCUGACGACCGGUCGCUCGGACGAUGCGGCGGAUGGCCCCGAGGGCCAGAAGGCCCCGUCCAUGGGCAUGAAGUCCCUCUGCAUUCCAUUUGAGCAGCCUGAGGGCUUGGUCAAGGGCGAGACCAAGUGUCUCAACCCCGAGUGCACCCGGCUGGCGGAGCAGUGGUGCAUGUUUGGGCGGAGUUAUUGAAAGCGGCUUUAGGGGAAUCUAGUCUCUACUUUCGUCAUUGUGUUUGCGGUGGAGUGCAAGUGUACCGUAGGCGGGUAAGGGAUGGAAAUUCUCUAUGGACGGAGGUGGGACUGCUUCUCCGUCGAUUUCGGUUGGGAAAAGGGACAUAGCCGGCAGUCGGCAGCGGAACGUGGAAGGCGACAGCUAUGGCGAUGACGAUUUGCUCGAUACCUUGUCCUCUUUGAGUGCAUAUAUAGACCUGCGUUUGAGGGGCCGUUUGCUUUCCCUAUCGGUGAAUGGCCCUGCAUUGAGAUCAGGGUCGGCGUGCACAUCAGGUAUGCGAUUCCGUUGACAGGCGCAGAUACGAGACCUAGUUCCGGCUUAGAAGUAAGAGUCAACGAUACUUGUUAAAUCCUAAUGCGCCGUCUUAGGACCUU